GCCCCAUUGAGCUUCGAGGCCAAUCCGAACACAAAACGUCUUUAUGAUGAUUUGCUAAGCAAUUACAACCGUUUGAUAAGGCCAGUUGUCAACAACACUGAAACCUUAACCGUAUGGUUGGGUCUGAAGCUUUCUCAAUUGAUAGAGGUUAAUCUUCGAAAUCAAGUUAUGACCACAAAUUUGUGGGUGAAACAGCGCUGGUUUGACUACAAAUUGCGCUGGGACCCAGAAGAAUAUGGUGGUGUUGAACAACUAUAUGUCCCAUCGGAACAUAUAUGGGUGCCGGAUAUUGUACUCUAUAAUAAUUGGGAUGGCAAUUACGAGGUAACACUAAUGACCAAGGCCACGUUGAAAUAUACUGGAGAAGUGUUUUGGGAGCCACCUGCAAUCUAUAAGUCAUCAUGCGAAAUGAAUGUAGAAUACUUUCCAUAUGAUGAGCAGAUUUGCUUCAUGAAAUUCGGCUCAUGGACAUACAAUGGGGCUCAAGUGGAUUUGAAACAUUUGGAUCAGGUUCCUGGAAGUAAUCUAGUGCAAAUUGGAAUUGAUUUAAGUGAAUUUUAUUUAUCUGUGGAAUGGGAUAUUCUUGAAGUUCCUGCAACUAAAAAUGAGGAAUACUAUCCUGAUACUAGAGAACCCUUUUCAGAUAUUACUUUUAAGUUAACAAUGCGACGCAAAACAUUAUUCUAUACAGUAAACUUAAUAAUUCCAUGUGUGGCACUAACAUUCCUUACUGUGCUGGUCUUCUAUCUGCCCAGUGAUUCCGGUGAAAAGGUUACGUUAUGUAUUUCUAUUCUUGUGUCUUUGACUGUGUUCUUCUUGCUGUUGGCCGAAAUUAUACCGCCAACAUCGUUGGCCGUACCACUGCUUGGCAAAUACCUCCUAUUCACAAUGAUACUGGUAUCGUUGUCUGUGUGGACAACGGUCUGUGUCUUGAAUAUCCACUUCCGGUCACCCUCCACUCACAACAUGUCACCCUGGGUACGUACUGUUUUCAUCACAUUCAUGCCCAAAAUAAUGUUUAUGCAACGAUCACCUAUCGAAAUGCCGGAUUUUAAUAAUUAUCCGGAGUACAAUGGCUAUACCAAUGAGAUCGAUGUGAGAGACAGCAUUAGCGAUUACCCAUGUGAAUACAAAGACGGUCAAGAUGCCACCUACGACAAUGGCGUUCAGCCAUCUAUAGAUUCGGAUAAUGUAAUUCCGCGGCGUCUAACUCCAGAAGUUUUGCAAGCUUUACGUGCAGUGCGGUUUAUAGCACAACACAUUAAGGACGCAGACAAAGAUAAUGAGAUUAUAGAGGAUUGGAAAUUUGUUUCAAUGGUCUUGGAUCGAUUCUUUUUAUGGACAUUUACGCUGUCAUGUAUCUUUGGAACGUUUGCUAUCAUCUGCCAAUCGCCAUCGCUAUAUGAUACACGUCUACCAAUCGACCGUCAAUUGAGUGAGAUACCGCUGAGGAAGAAUAAUUUUAUGUUGCCGCCGGAUAUUGUGCGUCAAACCGUUAAUUAAAUUUUAAAUCUCCAAACGCCA